GCCGUUCCCCAACUCGCCAGACUCCCGGACUCCGGCUCCCGGAUAUUCGACGUUUUUAGCCUGGUUCCAGUCACAAAUUUUAUUUGUACGUCGUCUCACUUCACAAAGUGUCACCGGUCCACCAGAUCCCGACCAAUCACCAAGCACAUCCAACAAGUACAGCAACAUGUCAGAACAAAUCCCAACCGCCGUGUUGAAAGACGAACAUCAGAGGAAACCGAGAGGACCCAAACCACCCAAACAAAAGAAGGAAAACCCCAUCACGGCCGCUGUCAACUCAUGGCUUCAAGACCACACCCAAUCCAUUUCCCUUACUACACUACUCUCAACACUUGACAACAUUCAGGAUGAAGGCCAACUCAAAGCCCUCCUCCUCGACAAAGUGCCCAAGCGGUGGGUAAUCUACGAACCCAUGGUCCUUCUCCCCAGCGGUAGUUUCACCUCCAAUCUCUGGCCUCAGCUCCUUGACUCUCUUUCUUCCAACGUCAAAUCCAGUUUGUGGACCCGCAUCUUGUCAAACAUCACCAGAGAUGGAGCGUCAAAGGUGGAAUUGAGCAGGUUGGCUGUUAAUGAAGGGAUCCCUUUGCAUAUUGCCGACGGCGCUGAAAAGAAUGCAAGAGAAGAGGAAGAAGAGAACUUGUUGCGAUCUCCCAGCGGCCUCAAGUUACUCCACGGCGACUUUGGUCCCGCCUUAUCACCAUCCACCGCACCAACGCCGCAAGAUUUCGACCAAGCAUUCUGGGUGUCGACCAAGCAGAAUGGGAUCACGCAGAUUUGGGCGCCGCGGUAUACCAUGUUUUCGCGGGGGAACGUGAAGGAGAAGGCUAGAUUGUUGGAUUUCCACCGGUCUCAAACUCCCAUUGGCGCAGCGCCCACCAGCAACGGAGCAGCACCACGACAGCAACAACAACAAAGCCUGAGUCAUCGACGAAAAGCAUCAGGGGACUUGAAGGGCAAAUACGCUCUAGAUUUGUACGCAGGCAUAGGCUACUUUGUCUUUUCGUACGCCAAGCUGGGGAUGCGCGUGCUCUGCUGGGAGAUCAACCCGUGGAGCGUGGAGGGGCUGCGGAGGGGCGCGGUGGCGAAUAAGUGGAGUGUUAAAGUGUUUCAGGGGGAAGAAGACCUAAAAAAGAAGACCACGACGGAGCUGCUACAGGAGGCAGAUGCCGAGGGGGUACAGAUUGUGGUGUUUCUGGAAGGGAACGAAAGUGCAGGCCGGAGAGUAAGGGAGCUGAGGGAAGAGGGAGGAAGGGAGUUGGAUGUGGUUCAUGUCAAUGGAGGGUUUUUGCCUACGAGUGAGAAGAGCUGGAGGGAUUCGUGGCAGGCGGUGGUGGGGAAAGGGGUAGGGGAUGGAUGGUUGCAUUUACAUGAGAAUGUUCAUGUGAAAGAUAUCGAGUCGCGGAGGGGGGAGAUUCAGGAACUGAUGACUCGUUGGAACGAAGAGCUGGAUAGCAGUGAUGGGACAACAACAGAGACAAAGGCGGUGGUGGAGCAUGUAGAGCUCGUCAAGACGUUUGCGCCAGAUGUGUGGCAUUGUGUCUUUGAUGUAUACAUUAAAAGGUGUUCUGGUACAGGUAGUAGUAGUGGUGGUAGUGGUAGUCGUCGUCCAACAUGA